AUGUUGGUGCACUACUACGGCAACACUUUUCCAAUGUAUGAUGAGAAGUACCUCGAUAAGCCAGAAAUUGAUGGUUUAAGGCCGCCCGCAGCCCCGCGCGCCGCCCCGGAUCAGAAAGUAAUUAGCAUAUUGCCACUCGAUGGUGAUGCUUCCAAUCCAAGCUCUAGCAGAAAAGGGAAAAGAAAGUCACAAGAAAGAGAUCUAAAGAGCUAUUUUAGUCCAUUCGUAUCCAGUAGCAUAAACCCAAGCACUCAUGGAAGUGAAGUUGGUAAUGCCAUAAUAGAGGAGGAAGAGGUGGUGGAAACUCAUUUGGAGGACACCAAUACCAUAGGUCAACAGCCAGGUAGCAAUGAAAAUGAUCAAGGCACAAUAACUGAGUUCAGUCCGGAUUAUAUCAUUUCUGAUCCGGGGCUUCGGAUUCCAAUUGAGCAAUUUAGUCCUAAUAUUAGAGAUGAAAUUAGGAGGGCUUUCAUGGAACGAGGUCCAACUCAACCUAGUAGUCAUGUUUUUCCUAGAGGAGAAGAUAAAAGGCGCUUUCGAAAAGAAUGGUUUGAGAAAUAUAAUUGGCUGGAAUAUAGCUUGGUGAAUGAUAAGGCUUAUUACUUUUGUUGUUAUCUUUUUAGAAGAGUUGGUGUAGAUGAUGAUAAAUUUGGUUAUGAGGCAUUUACAAAAGAAGGCUUUAGGCAAUGGAAGAAUGCCUACUUAGCACUCCGUAAACAUGUUGGUGGCCCUAAUAGUGCUCAUAAUAGAUCAAGAGCGGCAUUUGAUGAUUUUGAUAAUCAAAGGGCAAGUGUAAAGGAGAAAAUUGUAGUUCAUACCAAAGAGGCACAAAAGAAGUAUGAAACCCGUGUAGAUACAUCUUUGGCUAUUGUAAGUUAUAUUGCCUUGCAAGGUGAACCGUUCCGUGGACAUGAUGAAUCAGAAACUUCAUUGAACAAAGGCAACUUUCUAGAAUUUCUUGAUUGGUACAAACUAAGAAAUGAGGAAGUGAGGCAGGCAUUUGAAUUUGCUUGUCCUAAAAAUGCUAAAAUGACUUCUGGAACAAUUCAGAAAGAACUUGCCGAGUGUUGUGCUCAAGCGGUUACCAAAGUCAUAAAAGAAGAGAUGAGUGGUUGUUUAUUCUCUAUUCUUGUUGAUGAAUCUCGUGAUAUAUCAGUCAAAGAGCAAAUGGCCAUAAUAGUAAGGUAUGUGAAUAAAAAGGGGCAAGUAGUUGAAAGAUUUUUGGGUAUCAAGCAUGUCAAGCUAACUACAUCAGAAGCAUUAAAGAGAGCAAUAGUGGAGGUUCUUAGUGCCCAUGGUUUAACUAUUGCAAAAAUACGAGGCCAAGGUUGGUAG